AUGACUGAUUCUCUAAUUCAAGAUUUACGAUUGGCUUCAUGCAAUUUUGUUGAGAUUCCAACAUUCAUAAGUGAUCUUAGUGAUAUGGAAACUCUUUUACUGUCAAACAACAAUAUAACUUCGCUACCCAAAUGGUUGUGGAAAAAAGAAAGUCUACAAAUCUUAGAUGUUUCCAACAAUUCAUUGGUAGGAGAAAUAUCCCCAUCCAUAUGCAAUCUCAAAUCACUCAGGAAACUUGAUUUAUCAUUCAACAACUUAAGCGGCAAUGUUCCUUCAUGUCUAGGGAAGUUUAGCCAAUAUUUAGAAAGUCUGGAUCUAAAAGGGAAUAAAUUAUCUGGCCUCAUUCCUCAAACAUACAUGAUAGGAAAUUCCCUUAAACAGAUUGAUCUUAGCAACAACAAUCUGCAGGGUCAGUUGCCAAGGGCUUUGGUCAACAAUAGAAGGCUGGAAUUCUUUGAUGUUAGUUAUAACAACAUCAAUGAUUCAUUUCCAUUCUGGAUGGGAGAGUUACCGGAGUUGAAGGUAUUGUCUUUAAGUAACAAUGAAUUCCAUGGAGACAUUAGGUGCUCUGGCAACAUGACAUGCACAUUUUCCAAACUUCACAUCAUUGACCUUUCUCACAAUGACUUCUCUGGCAGUUUUCCAACAGAAAUGAUCCAAAGUUGGAAAGCAAUGAAUACUUCCAAUGCAAGUCAGUUACAGUACGAGUCUUACUUAAGAUCGAAGUAUGCACGACAAUAUCAUAUGUUAGAAAAAAAGUUUUAUUCUUUCACUAUGUCAAACAAAGGACUGGCCAGGGUUUAUGUGAAGCUUCAAAAAUUUUACAGCUUGAUAGCCAUUGAUAUUUCAAGCAACAAAAUCAGCGGAGAGAUACCACAAGUGAUAGGCGAGUUGAAGGGUCUUGUUUUGCUCAACUUGUCAAAUAACCACCUUAUUGGAAGCAUACCAUCUUCCUUAGGGAAGCUUUCUAACCUUGAAGCGUUAGAUCUUUCUGUCAACAGUCUUUCAGGGAAAAUUCCCCAACAGUUGGCACAAAUCACCUUUUUGGAAUUCUUAAAUGUGUCCUUUAACAAUCUCACGGGUCCAAUACCACAAAAUAAUCAGUUUUCUACGUUCAAAGGUGAUUCAUUUGAGGGUAACCAAGGUUUGUGUGGGGAUCAGUUGGUGAAGAAGUGUAUAGAUCAUGCAGGGCCUUCUACUUCCGAUGUUGAUGAUGAUGACGACUCGGAUUCUUUCUUUGAGUUAUACUGGACAGUAGUUCUGAUUGGAUAUGGUGGUGGACUUGUUGCUGGAGUUGCAUUGGGAAACAGUUACUUUCUGCAGGUAUUUGCAUGGUAUAGAGAUUGCCUUAGCGUUUCAGUUAUAAUUUUGCUUAAUAAGAUUUUUAAGAGACAUUAG